AUGGAAGAGCAGGACGACAUUUUGGAUUUCUUCGACUUCAGCAAGCCUUUUGAGCGCGUAAUUGUGUCCGGAGGAUAUUGCAAUGCAUCCGUCGUACCGGAGAAACUCAACAACUACAAGCUUCCGCAGCGAGAACAAUUGGGCACCGAAUACAGCGCCGUGUAUGCCCAAGCGGAAGAAAAAAGGCUUUUCAAGGCCUUCGCGAACGACGCUAUAAAUGCAAAGGCGACCUCCUCCCGGCUUGAUGAUGUUGACGAGGCAGACUCGUUGAUGGAUGGUGAUGCAGAACACGUACGACUGAUUCGUAGUAAAGAAUUGAUGGAGCCCUUGUUUAAGCGCUACAAUUUCAAAGUAGAAGACAAUCGGUUGCCUAUAAUGCAGUCCAAAAAGAAGAUUCUAGAUAUCAUUCGGGAGAAUCCGGUCGUGGUGUUGCAGGGGCCCACGGGCUGCGGUAAGACGACGCAAGUGCCCCAGUACCUGCUGGAAGACGCGUUUCUGCGCCAAGAGUACUGCAACAUUGUUGUCACGCAGCCUCGUAGGAUUGCAGCGAGUUCUAUCGCAGAACGGGUGGCUAAGGAACGAAACUGCGAUUUAGGUUCGUUGGUCGGGUACAGGGUGGGCCUGAAGGAAAUGCUUAGCGACGAUACGAGGCUGAGGUUCGUGACGACAGGUGUACUGCUGCAGUGGCUCAUCACAUCCAAAUCGCUGGCACGCUUCACACAUAUAAUUCUUGAUGAAGUGCACGAACGCGAGGUAGACAUGGACUUUCUGUUGAUUCUCGUGCGACGGCUAUUAACCCAAUCGCAACCGAACUCAAGCGAAACUCAAGCGAACUCAUGCAACACAAAAAUUAUUCUAAUGUCGGCCACGAUCGAUGCCGGUGAGUUUUGCAAAUAUUUUAAAAUCCCAAAGAGUGACAACUUGCUCGCGCCGUCGCUGACCGUGGCCAGCAGCAAGCCGUACGACGUGAGCGUGUACUAUCUCGACAGUUUGGAUAAGUUCCAGAUUGACUUUAACAUCGAAUAUAAUAAGCCAGGCAUUUGCGAUAAAAUGUACGAGAUUGCGGCUAGGCUGGCAUACGUUUGCGACCAAUGUAUUGAUCGUCACGAACGAGUGGACCAGCUCGAUUUCAAACCAUCGAUCAUUAUGUUUCUACCGGGAAUUAACGAGAUCGAGCUAAUGGCUGAAACGCUUAACAAUUUUGCGACAAAGGUCACGCAGCAGAACGCACAAGCCGGUCCAAACUUUCUCAUACUCAAGUUACACUCGAUGCUACCAUCGACAGACCAUGCCGCCGUAUUUCGGAAGCCACCACCCGGGCAGCGAAAGGUUAUACUUUCGACCAAUAUCGCCGAAAGCUCGAUCACCGUACCCGAUGUUAAGUAUGUGAUCGAUUUCUGUCUCCACCGAAUUCAAAUCACCGAUUCGACCAGCAAUUUCUCAACCUUAUCGACGCAAUGGGCUUCGAAGAGUAAUUGCGUGCAACGAGCUGGCCGUACCGGUCGUCUCAUGAAUGGCCGUGUGUACCGUUUGAUUGAUAGAAGCUUUUUCGAGAGGGGCAUGCAAGAGACGACCAUGCCCGAGAUGAUACGCUGCCGUCUCAGCAAUGUGGUACUGAAAGCGAAGAUGCUCGAUAUGGGCCCGCCGCACGCCAUCCUUGCUCUCGCUCUCAAUCCGCCAAAGCUUUCCGACGUCAGCAAUACUAUACUGCAACUGAAAGAGGUUGGCGCGUUACUACGCACGUCGCAGGGUGAAUAUACGCCACUAGAUGGAGAUAUGACGUUCCUCGGUCAAUUGAUGUGUGCGCUGCCGUUGGAUCUCCCGGUAGCGAAGCUGGUUAUCUUGGGUUACGUUUACUCGGUGCUGCAGGAGGCGAUUAUCAUUGCAGCGGGCAUGAGCGUGAAGAACAUUUUCACCAACAACCGCACGAUACAAACGUUUGAGAACAAAAUGCGGUUUUCCGAUGGUUCGGGUUCGGAUGGAAUUGCCAUACUGAAUGCAUACACUGCCUGGCGAUCGAUGACAGAACAGAGCACGGGCGGUAACACUGCCCAGUGGUGCUACCGUAAUGGAUUGGAGUUAAAAUCGUUGUCCGAGAUGGCGGAACUAGUACGAGAAAUACAGCACCGAUUGAGCGUCAGCAAUGUGAAGGAAGUUACCGGUGUCAACCGUGUGAUCUGGAGCCAAGGGGAAAAGGGCCUCAUCCUGAAGGUGGUCAUGGCGGGUGCUUUCUAUCCGAAUUUCUUCAUACCUGGUCUGGCCAGCAACGGAGAUAACGGCGGACGGGGCAUUUACACCGAGGUCGGAUGUCGCGAUCCUUUCAGCACCGUUUUCUUCAUCGGUUUGGAACAUUCCAAACAUAUUGGAUCUCUUUAUCGCCAGCAGUUGAAAGACAUGCUCACAAACGGCGAUCGAUCGAAGCAGGCCUCCAUGAAGGUGGAGUUCGACCGCAGCUCGAACCGAGUCUUUAUCAGAUACGUUGGUGAGGACAGAGAAGGAUACCCAGUGCCUGGACGAUUCCGUUCGGAAGUGUACCGCGCACUAAAGCUACGGGAACAUCGCCGGGGUUGCUUUGAAAUGAAGGUUAUGAACCACGCCGAUGCCGUACGGUUCGCGACGCGUCACAAAUUAGGCGAGUGGAGAAACUGCGAGUGGGUGCCGCGACGCAUUCCUAUCUCCAAUGUACACCUUUCCGUUGUGCCACUGAUUCAUUGUGCGCGGCUGUCAGCUACAGUCACCUACGGGAUUCAUCCCGGAAAGUUUUUUAUACGUCCCCUAGGAGAGAGAGCCAAACUGUUUGAAGAAAUCGAUCAACGGCUGAACGAAUCGGAGCUUCAACCGUUCACGGAACAUUUCCAGUUUCGACGUCGCCAGAUCGUAGCGGCCAAGCUACCAAAAAGUACGCGUUAUCGACGAGGACAGCUGGUUAGCGAAGAAUUAUCGUCCAACAGGACGGCCUUGUGGAAGGUAUUUUUCGUUGAUCACGGAGCUACCGUUACACUACCGGUUACAUGCUUUCAUCAGUUAACCGGUUCACUUGCCAAAUACACCGACUUGCCGGGACAAGUGUUCCAAGCGUGCCUUGCCGAAGUUCAGCCCUUUGCACCGCAAUCCCCACAAGGUACAUGGCUCGAGAAGAGCUCUCAGCUCCUAAAACAGGCCACGUUUGGGCAAAUGCUGGAGGUCGAUAUUUACUCCGUCGUCGAUCAGGUAGCGAGCGUCGUGCUGUGGAAGAGCGGCUCUUCUCGCGAUGUUGGCCUGUCCAUCAAUCAAGAGUUGGUCAAUAUGAAGUUGGCUCAACCAUCAGAGGAAUCGUACCUUUCAAAGAUGGAUCACGAAUCACGGAUUCGCGUUCAGCGACAGAUCGAGGUUGACGAGCGGUAUCGGCAGGAGAUUUUGAACGAUGACUCGCAGCUGGCUCACUUCGUCGACGAUGAUGACGAUUUCACGGUUGAUCUUCCAAGAGAGUUGCUACGGAUAACGGUGGCACUAAGGGGCCCGUACAAUCCACUUCAAAUUAAAUGCACUGCAACCACGUUUUCCAUCUAUGUGAAUCAGGUGAAAAUCGAGAGCGAAUCUGUAAAUUCAGUGCUUCUCGAAUCAAACCCGCAGGAUGUUCACCAAAAACUACUGAUUUCUGCCGGGAUUAACGAAGCGAAGCAAAGCCAGCGCCUUACUAUCAACCAAACAACCAUGAUGCCCAACAUCCCCGGGAUGCCUGCUCUGAUGGCGCUCAUAUUUGCACCGAAGUGCUAUUAUAAAAAGGAUGCUGAUGAAACGCGUCUUGUCGGAUUGGUAGCGGGCUUAGGAUGUGACCAGCGUAACGGCGAGUCAUUAUACCCAGAGCACGACAUCUCUCUGCCGGUCGAUGUCGUCGUCACGGAAGAGGACAUUGGCGAUAUCAAUGCCCUUCGGUACACGAUGGAUUCGAUAUUACAUUCGGGCCGAAACGAGAAAACUCGAUUAUUUGGCGAGUUUAGCAUCGAAUCGCUAAUGGUUAAAGUGAAGGAGUAUAUAAUUAAAAUCCUUCAGCGCGAGCGAAGUAUUACGGAGAACAAUUUUGUGCAUGAUUUCACGUGGAAACCGGCCAAUGGACCAGGCGAUAGCGGUCCAAGCUCGAGCAAGUCCAAACAGAUCAAUAAUAUAUACGAAAAGGCACUUUACCCGCUGCAUCCACAGCUCAAUCUACGACCAAUCAAAUCAAACCGCAUCGAAUUCCUGCAACGGCACUGUCAGGAGCUUCGAGAAUUGGUUCAAACAUCGGUGUCGUUACCGAACGGAGGAGUGAGCUGCAAGUUAUGCAAUGUUUCGCUGCAGUUGUUGCCCGUAGUGCGCAUCCAUCUGUACUCCAAGCUGCAUCGUGAUCGCGAAGCUCAAAUCGGUUUCCGUUGA